GAGCGAUAAUCAGCCAUGUCAGUUGGCUGUGCUAACAGCGCGUUUUACUAUAGCUUUAAGAACCUAAAAUGGGCUCUGGGUCUUUAAAAUGAAUUUUGCACAGUUAUUAGAGGAAUGACAGAAUUAGUUUUCAGUUUCAACGACUUUAAUUUUUGCAUCAGAUUUGCAAAAGCGUCCCCAGAAACAUGUGUGACAGUCGGAUCAGGGCCGUUAGCCACCCAACAUUUUCCAUAUUUUGUUCAUCCCGUUCAUUUCAAGCUACGUUUUAAUUCGUUGAGGAUAAGAAAGUCGUUCAAAAGCAAGGCUCAGAGAGACAACAACUUCUGCGGUGAUGGAGCCGCAACUCUCGAGCAACAAAGAGGAGGUGGAUAUUGAAACGGCCGUGGAGACAUCCGCGGAGCAGAGUACGGCAUCCACCCCGUGCAAGGUGGUAAGAGAACAAGGGGACGGAUGCUUGAGUACCGAAGGGACCUGCUCGCCCGAAACAAACGGAGAAGCGACGAGCGUGGCACUAUCUGGACGGGUUUUACGGGACAGGUCGACGCGAGCGCUCCCUGCGUGGAGGCAAAGCGAUCUAGGAGAGGACCAGGCUGAAGGGACCCGCGACGCAGCAGCCAACCGCCGGAGGAAAGCGAUCUACCCGCGGCGCAGGAGGAGCGCGGCAGCCUCUGCGGGUUCAUCGGACGCUGACUACGGUCAGCCGGAUGAGUGUGAAGAAAGCAAGGAUGGGCUUGUCAUUCGAGCAGCCCGCGGGAGACGGGCGCAGGUGCGAUCAGGAGCGCGCACCUGUCGAGGGCCACCGAGGACUGUGUUUAAAGUUGAACCAGAAACAGACAGUGAUUAUGCGGAGGCCAACAAGUCGACUGAGAAUACAGAAACAAGUGUGGAGAAAAAGGAGGAUGAGAGCAUAGAUGAUGAUGAUCUUAUAGAAGAGGAAGAGGCUUCAUAUGUGGACGACCCAAAAGAUCGAAGCUACUUCCCUCACACACAGAGCAGCGGGGAGGAGGUCAUCAGCAGUGAAGAAGAUGUCCCUUUUAGAGAUGACAUGAAUGAUCAGAGCUAUGAUCCUAAGGAUCUUCCUAAGCAAAGGCGUAAACCAAUUACUAGACAUGAGAGGAAGGACAAGACAGUCAUGAUUGAGACUGAGGACGAAGAGGAGCAUGACACAGAGAUCAAAACUGAGGGAGGGGAGAGCACAGAUGAGAGGAUUGGUGUUGAACUUGCUGGGGAAGUUGCUGAACUGCCCAGGAAGAGAGGGCGGAGAAGGAAAGAUGACAAAACCCCACGUCUUCCAAAGAGAAGGAAAAAGCCUCCAGUUCAGUAUGUGCGUUGUGAAAUGGAGGGAUGUGGUACAGUGCUGGCUCAUCCGCGCUACUUACAGCAUCACAUAAAAUAUCAACAUCUGAUGAAGAAGAAGUAUGUUUGCCCUCACCCUUCAUGUGGAAGACUCUUUCGGCUACAGAAACAACUACUGCGCCAUGCCAAGCACCACACAGAUCAGAGAGACUACAUCUGUGAGUUCUGUGCUCGUGCCUUCAAGAGCUCUCAUAAUCUGGCUGUGCAUCGAAUGAUACACACUGGAGAGAAGCCACUGCAGUGUGAGAUCUGUGGUUUUACCUGCCGUCAGAAGGCUUCCCUCAAUUGGCACAUGAAGAAGCAUGACGCAGAUGCAACCUACCAGUUCUCCUGCAGCAUCUGCGGCAAGAAGUUUGAGAAGAAGGACAGUGUGGUGGCGCACAAAGCCAAAAGCCACCCAGAGGUGCUCAUUGCAGAAGCAUUGGCAGCCAAUGCUGGAUCCCUCAUCACCACCCCUGUAGGAGUUACCACAAUGCUGGAAGGCUCUACAGGCCCUGCACAGACAGAGCAGGCGGUUUCUGAGGCGAAGGGGAGCACUGUGUUGCAAGCAGGUCAGGUGGGCCCCGUAACGCACAUGGGUCCAGUGAUGGUCAUGGAUCAGGACAACAACCUCCACGCCAUGCAGGUACCGAUGACCCUGGCUUUACCGCCAACAGAGGAAGAGAUUGGCGCUGCCUCGCAGCAGGCCUCAUCCCAAGCUCUUCAGAUGCCACUGCAGUUCAUAACCGCACCUGUCUCACAGCAGCAGCACCAAAUUCAGCAUCUUCAGCCCGCCACGACCGUCACCCAGCCGGCUACUUUGGUUCAGCAGUUACCCAUGCAGUCAUACAACCCCCAGCCUCAGAUCCUUCACAUGACCUUCAGAGCUCUUCCUCAACAGCAGCUCCCACUGCUUUCGGUCGCACAGCAGCUGCCUUUCCAGACCAACCAACCACAACAGACCCAGGUGCUCACCAGACCCUCCAAUCCUCCUAUUAUUAUGACCCAUCACUCGCAAACUCUGUCCGAGACUUCCUCUGACUGCCGGAGCAAUUUGGGAUUUGCCGCUAAUCCUCCCCCUGCUCCUCCUCAGUCUUCCACUGGCCCUUUGGAGACGAGACAAAUAAUUUGGGCAGGAGAUGGUGUAAAUUCUAAUGGAAAUGGGGCUGAGGGUUGGGAGACUGGUGGGGAAGGGGAGGAUCAAAAUAUGGCAGACCCUUCAGACGGGCAGAUACAGCGUGUACUUAUAUAAUGAAUAGGACUUGGAGAAAAAUGAGAUGACUUGUCUGUCACACUCCAGAACGAUACACGGCCUGACGUUAUAUAUAUAUAUAGUCAUAAAUAUAUUGUAUGUAACCACGUUAACUUUGGUAGGUUUGUAGAAAUGUAUGUAUCAGAGAGGAUGUGUUUGAGUUUGAGUUGUUAUCAUUGUUCAUUUUGUAUAUAAACAGUAAUGGUUCCCUCAAAACACAUCUGUUUAGUGUGUGUAUGGCGUUUUGUGUUUAGGGGCUUCCACAGACCCCAAGGAGCUGUUCCCACUCAUCCACCAGAUGGAUCUCUUUUAGCAUUGUGCACUAUCUCCACUGUAAUGAAUUGAAAUGUAACACCAAGAGAUAAGGCUUUUUAAGACACUGUAUCAAGUUAAGAAUGAUUCAACUUUCACGUUUAAUGUCAGUUUUACAUUAAACCAGUCAGAUUAUUCUGGAGGCAGGAUGGCAUCUAGAUGGAGUAUUAGUGCCCCUAUAAAUGUGUUUUGUGUUCAAUUACAAUGCAUUCUGUUUAAUAUUUUAAUGCAAGAACAUAUUCUGUGUGUACGAAUUCAUCCCUCCCUGUUUUAUGUUGGUGUCUGUUUUGUGCCAUUGUAUGGUUUCAAUGGCUACUUUAGAAAUAACCAACGAGCAAUAAGCUGUAAUGACUCAAGUGAUAUACUGUAGGUGAACUCAACAAUGUUAGGUCUUAAAUCUGUAAUCCUAUUCCAGAUCGCAAAAGCAUUGUCCUUGUGAUGUCUAUCUCUUGCCACGUAUUCAAAUCAUAAAGCAACAAACAUGUAUUCACAUUUAGAUUUAUUGUCCCAAACUAUACAAUUAUUUAUAUUGAGAUGAACUUCUAUAAAAGAAGUUGAACAUGGUUUCAGACCUUGA